AGCUCCUUGAAGAGUCUAUGUUAUUGGGCACAGUGAAGCACACUCCAUAACACAUCCGCCUAGCGUAUAUACUGGACAUCGCUCGCAUGCAACAGCAGACACGCACUUCUACCAUCGUUCGUGACUAGCCGAUUUCAUUCGUUGGGUUGAAGAUGCACGGCGUCACGCUCACCCUCUUCGUUUUACUGGGAUCCACAGGCCGCUGCGUAGCCCAGCGCUCAAGCAAUGUCCUGGCCGGGGAAGCUGACCGUACAAUAUCCGUUCCAUUGAUCAACCACAAAAAUCUCACAUACACCGUGGUGCUGAAGAUAGGUACGCCACGACAGGAAUUCAAGGUCAUGCUUGAUCCGGCGGGAAUUACCUGGGUUCCCGCCUACUAUUGCACUGAAGGAGAACCAUGCUUUGGACACAAGAUGUACGAUUGGAGCGAGUCGAUAACGCAAACAAGUGAUUGGGAAGACGGCGUCACCGAUUUUGGCAGGGGCAACGUCACCGGAUACACGUUUCGGGAUACUCACGAACUAGGAGGCGUGGACGUCGGGAAUCUUUAUUUCGUCAGUGGCACAGGCUUCCACGGCGUACCCAGCUUCGUGAACGAGCCAUUCGAUGGCGUUUUCGGACUCCGUCUCGGUCCGAACUCAUCACUUUACGAAAUGGCCAACUCAGGAGUCAUCGGCAAGCCCUGGGUGGGACUGUACUUCAGCAACGACGAAAAUGUUCAAGGUGAAGCACUGUUUGGAGGUGCAAACAAGCAGCACUACGAGGGUUCGCUGACCUUUGUGGAUGCUCUCGACAGUGCUUUCCAGUUCCAUCUGGAUGGGUACGAAGUAGCUGGUCAGAAGCAAGUGCUACCACAGUCCGCAUCGUGGGGCCGGCCAGCUCCAACCGAGCCAUUCAUUGGGGGCCCAGCCAGUGAAAUCAGCAAAAUCAACAUCCUACUCGCCGCACGUAAGGUCGAAAAUGGCAGAUACGAGCUUCGCUGCAACGUCACGCCCUCCGAAGUCACCUUCGUGAUUGGUGGGAUGGACAUUGUUCUGCGACCAGAAGACUUCGUCGUGAAGGUUGAAACUUCUUCGGGCACGAUUUGCUACAGCGGCUUCGUUGAAGCGGAAAAGACGGCGAAUGCAAGUUGGCAGUUCGGCCUGGUGUUCCUCCGACGAGUAUACACCGUGCUCGAGGCGCCUCUUGUGUCCUCAGGCCACGGCCGACUGGGCCUCGCCCUAGCGCACUAAGUUUUCAGCUCGUUACUCGGAGUAUAUAUACCAUGUCGUCAAGACGAGAGUACAUAAUCACCUGCUGUCUUGUAAUAAAAACGAACUUAAA